AUGUCGUCGCGGCGCAGUGUUGGCAGCCAAAUCGUGUUCAACAACCCGAGAGCAAUAUCGGUACGCUCUGGAGGCUCAAAGACGAGCAACUCGACCAUCAAUGUCACAUUAGCACGGCGCCUGCUCUUCCCAUACCUGCCACUGACGACCCCACUCCCCCCGCUCGUGGGUACAUAUGGAACACCCGAAGAAAACGAGAAAAGGAGGAACGACCCGGCUUUCAAGGCCCUCAACAACGAACUUUACGACUUCCUAGCUCUCGUGGUUCGCGGGUUCGUGCUGCCAUGGUGGUCAAAGAUUACACCAAGAGACAAGGAAUUUCCACAGGAAAUCACAAGAAUUGCCGCAAGUUUGAUAAAGCAGGUGGAGUCACGGGCAAUGGCCGCAGACAUUCCUGCAUUGUUGGCGAAUGCCAUUCCUUUGCUGGUGGCACAACACUACCAGGACUUUCGUCUCGCACAAGCAAAGCUACCGACAUCCUAUGCCACUGGCCUACAGGGGCACUCUGACUCGCUCCCGCACCUUUUCCACUCAUUCCAACCACACAUGGCCGUCACAGCAGAAGGCACAGUGGAUCCUAAUUAUCUCCGUCAAGUUGUGGAACACAUUAUGAAGGCCUGUCUACCGCCAGAGGACUGGGAGGCUGAAGCGGAGCGUGCUAUAAUUCGUGAGAUUGUGCUCAAGAUACUGCUGGAGAGCGCAUUUCCACGCCUGAGCCAGCCAUGGUUUAUUCAAAAGACGAUGCUCGAGCUGCUUGGUCCGCCCAAGGAGACAGUGCCACCACCUCCUGUAACCAGAAGUGGGAGUGCAUUUCAUACCUUUGUCAUCUUAUUUCUUUCAGCGGUGCAAGUCGUCUCAGGAUUUGCCAUUGCCGCCAUAGCAGGUCUGCAAGCUACCCUGCAUACCGUCACGGAGGUGAAUGCCUCUACGUUUCGUCAAAAAACAACAUCGCAAACUGGCGAAGACAUGGCAUUUCCAACAUUGGAAAUGCUUGCAGAGAUUUUGAACAUGAGGGAACGAGCUGCAGCGGCCGCCAUCCUUUACCUGUUGCAACUCAUUCUCGGAGCUCUUGCCCCAUUUGUCAAUCGGCUGGUACCUUACUUAUUCUACACGCACACGCAUCCCAGUAUGUUUACGAAAAUUCUCGCGCAGUCGAAGAAGGUGCUGUUCCCCGACGGAUAUCCAGGACCACCUCCAGUGGAGCCCACCAUCGAAGAGCAAGUCCUCAUACGCGAACAAUUGGAAAAGCGACUAUUUGAUUGUGUUUUUCCGGUUGCGGCCAAGCUUUUGUUCGGCACAAAGCUGUCCAUUCAGGGCCGGACGAUUCGAGGAAUUUUGGAUCCCUUGGGCUCCAAACAGUGCAAUGUGCAUCUUCUCAUCUUUCUCCUAGACGCCAUUGUCGUUAGCCUCUUCCCAGAACUGGCCUUGUCGCCCACCUCGAAGCGAGAACCGAGUGAUGGUGCAACCGACGCGGACCUUGACGCAAUGAUUUAUUCGCCUUACGACAAAUCUGACCCACUUGAUGGUCGCUCCAACUCGCCUGGUCAAGGCACUCCGUAA